AUGCACCAAAAGCCAUUCAAAGUCAUCAUUGUGGGUGGCAGCAUUGCCGGGCUUUCACUAGCGUUGAUGCUGGAGAGGAAUGGUAUCGAUUUCGUGAUCCUUGAAGCGUACCCCAGCAUUGCACCCCAGGUCGGGGCUAGUUUUGCCGUUUUGCCAAACGGCUGUCGUAUUCUCGAUCAGCUAGGCUGUUAUGAGACAGUUCUAGAGACGGCGCAAUACCCUGUCGACAAAUUCCACUUCCGUGAUCCGCAAGGAAAAUCAUUCUGGACAUUCGAUAACUUUAACGAGGCAUCACUUAGACGCCAUGGUUACCCCAUUGCCUUCCUCGAUCGACGAAUGGUGAUAGAGAUCCUCUAUGAAAAGAUCCAGGAUAAAUCCAAAGUGAUCACCUCUCAGCGGGUUGAGAGUGUUGAAAACGAUUCUUUGAGCGCCACGGUUACCACAACAACUGGUCAAACCUAUACCGGAAAUAUCGUAAUCGGGGCAGAUGGAAUCCACUCCAAAGUACGUCAAGAGAUGUGGAAAGCGGCCAAAAAAAUAGAUCCCACAUGGAUUGGUCCCAAAGAAGAAUCUGCACUACCAGCAACUUACGCGUGCAUCUUCGGCAUCUCCAAAGGCGUGGAGGGAAUCGAGAAAGGCACCCUCAGCUCGGUGUUCAAUGAGAAUUUCUCGUAUCUUAUUGCCAGCGGACCCGGAGAUCUCACCUACUGGUUUCUCGUGCGGAACAUGGGGACGACAUACUAUGGUGCAGACAUUCCUCGGUUCACCAAGGAGGAAGAAACGGCAUUCGCAAAGGAACAUUUUGACGACCAGGUCACUCCAACACUCAAAUAUUCCGCUCUGUACGAGACAAAAAUCGCGUCUGUAUACUCAACUUUGCCAGAAUAUGUCUAUAAGAGAUGGCAUUUCCAGAGGACUAUGACUAUUGGCGAUGCCAGUCACAAGUUUGAGCCCUUGACAGGCCAGGGAGGAAAUAAUGCAAUAGAAACCGCCGCAUCCCUGACAAAUCAUCUCGUUGCGGCCCUCAAAAACUGCCAGUCAGGCACGCUGUCAUCGGCAGAGAUUACCAAAGUCUUCGAGAGCGUUCAAAAGCAGCGCGAAGACCGUGCGUGGGGAUUGAUCAGAGCAUGUCAUAACCGGCAACGUCUGGAGUGCAUGGAAACGCCUGUGUUGAAGUUCAUGGCAAAACACGUGGUGCCACACUUCCCCAAAUCUCUUGUCCUCAACAAAUGGAUCGACACAUAUGCUCCCGCAGUGUCCUUGAACAUGCUUCCUCUGCCGCACAGGCCUCGAGAAAUUGCAUACUUUGAUGAGCGCUUCAGAACACCGACAUCUCGGGGUGCGGUGAGCAUCCUGUUGUACGCUGUAUACUUCUUCUUGGCCUGGCUGGGCCAUCGCCAAUUGUCAACAGCACUCAGAGCGAACGGAACAAUGGAAUUUGUCCGCCAGGCACUUCAGAGCCAGUCGGUUGUACUCCCAGGAGGAGUUGAAACUCCCCUUCGCCAGGUAUACACAGGGAUUGGACCUGUUGACUUGUUCUUGAGAAUCAUUGUAACAAUAUUCUUGCCGACGGUCGCCAACUUCUCCGCUCCGGAACAACCAUUCCAAGUUUUGUAUUUUAUGGCUUUUGUGCUGCCGAUUAUCGCUAUCUUGACCGUUGAAGGAUUCCGACCACGGAACAAAUGGACCCUUCUUGCUAUCCCGAGUAUAUGGGCAGUUCUAUAUCAGCUGCGAGGCAUUGGGAUGAUUGCACCUCUCUGUUUCGCAUCAAGCACUUAUAUCUCCUCGCACAUCUCCUACUUCUCCCCGAGUACCCGCACACUUCCUGAAUCUACCGCUCGAGCGAUACUGCCUGCACUAGUACUGGGAUUCAUCGUGCCCACGAUCAUGCUGUUUUUCCCAUUGACUGAUGCCCUGAACAUGCGACAGGUCUUCAUUGCGCUGUGGCAGCCCGCUCCGAUAUACGUGGUGAUCUUGACUCAGAUAUUCUCCCGCGUCAUCAAAUCGAUCGGUUGGGGCACACCGGCCCAGACCGAUACCACCGCAGCGGAGGGCGAACCUAACCGUGACAUCGCCCACUUGCAAACUCUCUAUGCUGUGGCUGGUGGUGUGGCUGCAUGUUUCCAUGUGGCCUUGUUGCUAACCUGGGCUGCUUCCGGGACAGACUUUAUCACCAAGGCAUUCAUUCCAUCCGAUGCCUUCGCGCAGGUGGCGACACUUGCAGAUGGUGUCUUUGUGUUUUUCCAGAACGACUUCCUGCUUGCUGCAGCGGCAACUCUCCUGUGGUGCUUAGCUAGUGUGUGGGAUCUAUACCGCCUUGGUGUUUCUAAUGUCUCUUGGCAGGUAGGAUUGGCUGGUUUGAUCUUUGGUUCCGUGGCAAUCGGCCCUGGUGCGACUGCGGCGGCUGUGUGGUAUUGGCGGGAGGAGGUCAUGAGUCGGACAUAUUUCCUCCGACAUGGUCCCGUCUCUAGCUCAAUCAAGAGCACUUAA